ACAUUUUCUUGGUCGAUUUGAACUCGAAAAUUUUUAAUUGUGUUUACAAAAAUCACUUUUAAUUGUUCACCAAUUGUUUAUUAUUUAUUAUUUUGCUUUGUUUAAUUUAAAAAUGUAAUUUAAUUCUCGCUAAUUGACUUGUUUCCAUGUUGGACACUUUUUCUUUAAUGUGAUUGUUUUGCUUUUCUGUUGCUUGUUAACCUUUUAGUUAUUUUUAAGCUUUAAUGACACAUAAUCAUUUUCAUCACCAAUUUUAUUUAUUUUAAUCAAUUUUCUCUUAUAUUGUGUGUUUUAAUUAUUUCAUUUUUUGGUCAAUUAUCAAUAUAGAAUUUAAUUCUAUAAUGAAAAUUAACUGAUGACACCGAAUCCCUGUUUGUUUGCUCCAAAUCUCUUACGAGCUUCUGUUUUUCCUUGUUUUCAGUUAUUCUUUUCUCUUCUUCUAUUUACCUGUUCAAUCAAUUCUUUCACUUAUCACAUUCAUACCUUAAUACCACUGUGAUUAUGAGAAUCAAAUUCUCCCUGUGUUACCAUUUCAUCUAUACCUAAUUCUAUCAGUUACAUGGGCUCUACAUUAGUGAAAAAACGGUUAAAUCUACUGGUCUAUUCAUCUUAAACCUCUGGAAAUCUUUAACCUUAUUAAUCAUCCCUCUCAUCGCCAUUUUGGAUCCACAAAUUAAACAACAUAUUCACUGGAAUUUACCAGUAUCUUAGUUUGGAAAACCAGAGAUAAUCUCUAAUUUCUAUCUCUCUCUCUCUCUCUCUUCCAUCUAUACAAUCGUCUCCAUGUAAAAUUGCCCUGACAAAUUCAUCAUCUAUCAUUUGGAACAGACGUUCUUCUCAUUUCUGUUAUACCAAAAUCAAUAAUAACCAGUAAAUGAAUCAAAUGAUCAUUCACUUGGUUUAUAGAGAAUUGAUUAUUUCAAUCAGACCAAUUGGAUUACAUUAAGUUAAUAAGUUGAUCCAUUUUUGAAUUUCCAUGGGUAGAAGAAAAGUCUCAACUCUUUUCAGUUUAAUAUGUUUACUUCUUACCGGUAUUGUUUUAAUCGCCAACGUUUCAUUUGAUGAUGUUUUCACUCAUUUGGUUAAAACAAAUUUCUGUUUUCCCAGAGCGAUUAACGGUAAUCCAGAGGAAAAUGGUUACAAUAAUGAAACCAAACCAGGAUGUGUAUUACCUUAUGUUGAUCCCUUUGAUCCUGCAAUAUUAGUCUACUUGACAAAUAAGUCAUUAAAUUGUCCCCAAUCACCCCACCAAUUAACUGCCAUAACUAGUCCGGGCGAUCGUUUAAUUGUCCAAAAUCCUGAUGGUCAUGCCAAUACUCCUGUUGAUUGUUUCUAUUCUUGGGUAAAUCGAGCUGGUUCAGAUGGUGCUGUUUCUUAUGGUCCGAUUACAUUGAUUCCAUCUCCUGGAGGUGUUCAAUUUGAAAGAAAUGUUGUCGCCGUUAAUACCAGUUGUACCAAUCGAAUAACUCAUCAAACUAUCUAUCGCAAUAUUCAUUUUCGUAUUCCCAAUUUUGAUGUUUCAUCAUCUUCUCCAUCUACUUAUGAUAUUAAACCUUCCGUUCUUAUACUAGUAAUUGAAUCUCUUGGUCGUUUAAGUUAUGAAAGAUUCAUGUCUUCCACUAAAAAAGUUCUUGCCGAAAUUGGUAAAUUUCAUCAUUUAAAAUCAUUAAAUCGAGUUGAGGAAAACUCUUUCCCUAAUUCUAUGGCUUUGCUGACCGGGAUGGCGGUUACCGAUGAUGCAGCUUCCGCGGUUCCCGGUGUCCAUUGGGAUCACGGUUUACCUUUCGUUUGGGAUUCUUUCAAAAACAUGGGCUAUGUGACCGCUUUUCUUGAAGACCAACCAAUGGCGGGUCUUUUUUCCUACUACAAUAGAGGUUUCCGUCUACCACCCACCGACUUUUAUCCCGUUGAAUUUUGGUCUCACAUGUAUCCACAGGGAACAUCAAACAUGAUCGAUUUACUAGUUGAUCCGAUAAAUUAUUGUUUCGAGAAAGUUGGUCCCAAGGUAGAAAUGUAUUUGAAUAUGUGCUCCAAAUUUGUGGAAAACGUUUUAGUCCACCAACAGAAUCCAUAUUUUUUGUAUGCCUUUUAUAGUCAAAUGACACAUGAAGAUUUUAAUAAUUUUCAACUAGUCGAUAAACCUGUGGCUCAAUUUAUAUCAUCUCUAUCAACUCAAGUUCUGGAUAAUUCAAUAAUCAUCGUUAUGGGUGAUCAUGGUUCUCGUGUAGGUCAAGUAACACCUACAGCCGGUGAUCCAACCGAUUCACCUAUGGGACGUUUCGAAGGUAGUCUUCCGUUUGCUGCAAUUAGAAUUCCCGAUUCUCUGGACAUUAAAUUUCCUCUUCUAAGAAAAUACCUUUCACUUAAUGAAGAUCGUUUAUCUACCUGGUUCGAUAUUCAUCAGAUUCUUCUGGACGUUGCUCAAGGUAAUUUUAAUCCAAUUGGACGACGAAAGGAAAUACCUGUAGCCUACUCAUUGUUUCGUGAAGAGGUUCCCAUUUCUCGAACCUGCGACGAUGCCAAUGUUAAUCCGAUCUACUGUGCCUGUAAUGGUCGAGUUGGGAUUAAUCCCAGAUUAAAAUCUCAUCAUAUUGAUGCAGCUAAAGGUCUAGUUGAUGGAUUACGAGUCAUUUUCCAGAAAAAUAAAUGUCGAUCAAGAAUAACCUAUGGUAAAACAUUAGCCGGAGAGUAUUAUUAUCCACGAUCAAAUGAAACCUGGUCUACAUAUGAAAGAGUCAAUUUAACCAUCGAUGUAAGGCCAAGCCACGCUGUGAUUACCGGGACAAUUUAUCGUUGGAGAAAUACAACCGAAGAUCGUUGGAGUCAAUGGACACUUUAUGAUCCAGCAAAUAAAUUAAAAUCUUCAACGUACUCUAAAUACUUAACUAAAUUACUUUGUGUUAAUCAUUUACUGAAAAAUGUUAACGUUACAAUAGUUUGAUUUUUCACCUGAUUAAUUGUGAUAAAAACGAGAAGCAUAACCAAUUGACACAAUUUCUAAAUGGCAUAAUGAUAAUGAUAAUGAUAAUUAUCAUUAAUUGACAAUAAUUUUAAUUUAAAUCAUCGAAAGUUAAAACUUACCAAAAACAACACAGAAAGCAAACAAAAAAAUCAAAUCAUAACAACAAUCAACAAUCAUCAAUGCAUUUUCAUCAUCAAAAAAUACUGUAGUUACCUGAAACUAUUUAAUCAUCCUAAUUAUUAAUCAAUGGGAAAACAUUCCUGAUUUAUAAUCAGGUUUGAGUCUCUUUUUUUUCCUGUAACAUGAGAAAUUAAUUGUUAAACAUUUUCGCUUAAUUGUUACAAAAAUCUCCAAGCAACCAAAUUGUAUUCUAAAUGUAACAUCAUAUCAAUUGCCAACCAAAAAAUAAACCAAUUUAGUGAUUUCCAAUAUUAAUAAACUUAAUCUAAUUUAACUAUAA